CAGGGACUCCCACGUCUCUCUGAUGUCUCAUCAAGGAGUGAGAACACACUAUAUGCAAUGAUGGUAACGGCCAUUAGUCCCCUAGCUGCGUCCUUCCGUCCGUCCAUCCAUCCGAGUCGCUAAAUGGCCUCAUGCACUCACUCCUCUCUUCACACAUCCUUCACUAACACAAGCGCCUGUUACAAUCCAUCGAUGCGGAUGCGGCCGUCGCCAAAAAGUCCCUCCCACCACACGGAGGCAGGCAGCGCACACUCUCGUUUGCUCGCUCGCUCGCUCAUUCACUCAUAAAGCCCAGAGAGACAGAGAGACCGAGGCAGUCAUUGAUUGAGGUCAGCUGGGGAAGGGGAGACAAGAGAGGGAGGUAGCUUGUCAGCUUGUCAUGGUUGGCAUAUAUGCGUCGCAUAUGGACGCACAUGGACCGACCAAUCAUUCCACACAUGGAGGAAGGGAUGGUCAAUCGAUGGAUGGGAUGCGUCGGACCGGUGGAGGCAUCAUGUAUUGUAUUUGUGUGGAAGUGGGGUGGACGGAUGGACGGACGGGCUGACGCUACGCAUGGAUGAAGCGCCACACAAAAAAUAAAUAGCCCAGGGGUCACGUCACCAAAAAGUGUUCAUAUACUCUGUAUAUAUAUAUAGUGGGGAGGGAUGGAUGGAAAAAACGAUCAGACAGCCACCUGCCUCCCUCCCUCUCCCCCGUCUCUCGCACGAGCAAGCAAGCAUGGGAGGGCGGGCCGCGUGUAUGCAUCAGGCAGCAGCCACCACCGAGGCGAGGCAGUGUCCAAUCGCCCACCGAAACAUGAUCUGAUCAAUCAACCAAUGGUGGUGAUCCGAAAUUACGCACAGCCAGGCAGACAGCUGACAGGCGUGCAGACGACAUAAAACGCCCCAACAUCAAUCAAGAGGUCAUCCGAAUAAAGCAGCAUCCCGUCCUCUAGGCAUCCCGGACCCCUUCAUGUGUCUGAUUCACCCCCUGCCUCUCUGUGUGUCCAACCCUGACAGCGGCAUGCAGCAGCCGGCCUGAGACGAGCUUCGCGCCUCCAUGGAGGCUGCGGUGGAUGCACACGUGUCAAUGGGCUGAAGACCAUGGGUGGGUGGGUGGAUGGAUGGAUGGAUGUCCACUGCACGGACACACGGUCCGCCGCUUAGUCUUUCAAAAGUAGAUAGAUAUGCCACAAACAGCACAAUCAAUCAACACAAAGAGACAAGCGGGCAGACAGAGCCAACGAACAAAAACAAAUCCCCCAGACAGACAAAAGAAAGCAGUACCCAUCCCAUCCCGCCAGCAAGAAAAGCCUUGCUCGUAUACACGCCCAUACGGAUGUGCAGUGCACCCCUCCGUAUGUAUAUCUAUCAUGAUGCGCCGGGUGCGCCCAUGAGCUUGGCGACCCUCUUCUGCAGCCGCCCCCUAUAGGGUAGCUGGAUCGGCGUCCUGUUCUCGGGGAAGUCGAAGUCGAUCGUGUCAAUGUCCCAGUCACGACCAAACAGCAGCUUCGCGUCCCAAUCCACACCUACACCACCCGGCGGCUCACCCACCCUGAUGCGCACGUCGCCGUCAUCGCCGGGGGACGAGAUGACCGAUGCGGCCUCCAGUAUCGCAUCUGCGUCGAGGUGCGCAAACCGUGAGUCCACUGCUGCAGCUGCGUCGCUGGUGGGGGGGUGGAGGUGGACAGGGAGAGGGAGGGGGAGGGGGAGGGGGGCUGCAGCUGCAGCAGCAGGUGCUGCUGGUGGCGCCGUGUUGAGAAUGUGGCCGUCCCCGUUGUCACCUUGGGCAUGUUGGUCUUGAUCGUAGCCGUCUGCCGCUUGCGCAUCCAAGUCUGGCUGUGCCGCCUCAUCAUGCCCUCCCGCUUCUGGUGGAUCUGUCCCUGCUGUCCGCAAUGCGCUGCUGUGUGGGUAUGGCGAGUGGUGCAGCCACUCGGCCGUCGAUGCCAGCGUGAAUGUCAUCAGGAUCUCGGAUAACGAACACAUCGCGAGGCACACUGCAUCGAGCACACACCACAUUGAGGCGUUCGUUUGUCUGUGCAGCACGUGUGUGUGUGUAUGUGUGUGUAUGUGUGUGUGUGGCUGCUUACCAGCGACGAGGGUGAAUAUUGCGAUUGCGAUAGAGGUGGCGCCCUGGCGCGCCACGACACCAUAGCAGAGGAAGCCCGUAAGGUAGGUGGCGACCAACGCCACCAUUGCGAUCGCCACCGAACGAUUCCGAACCCAGGUUUCCUUACCCUGCCACACAACACAACGUGUGUGUCCGUGACUCGACUCCCACACUGACUGACUGACUGACUGACCAUUCUGCACAUUUCGGCCCUAAACUCCCAGCAAGUCCGCGGCCAGAGCCAGAAAAAGAACACAAACGGGUUAAAGCCCCCGUACACCAGCAUCAACGUGGACCUGAACACACAGGCACACACAACACAACACAACACAACACAGCACAACACAGCACAUGCAGCCAUGCACGGACGCAUGAAGGCCUGUCUCUGUGCGUGCUGCGAUUACCAGUAAAACGGAAACGCAUCCAACGGCUCAGAAAACUGACAUACAUACAUCACACCCGCCCUCUUUCUCCAUCUCAUCUCCUCUCCCCGCCCCCUCUGUGUGUGUGGUCGGGUCGGUGCGUACCCUACCCUACCCGUGCACAUUUGGACGCCUGUGGGUUGCGAUUGGCGAAAGUGAAGCACACAUGUGACGCGUACGCCACCAGCGCGCUGACGAUGCCCAGCCCGAAAACCAGCCCGCUGGCCGGCCACAGCCACCCCAUCGUCGCCAGCACGCCAAACACCAGCUGCAGCGUCGACGUCACCCACCUGCUGAGCGGACGACGCAGGAACCCACCACCGGCCACCGACGUGGUCGUCUUGUUGGUGUGCUUCCACGGCCUGUUGCCAAGUCGGUAGUGCAGGCGGGCCCAGCGGAUGAGCGUGAAGGCGAGCAGCAGGAUGUUGGCUGCAGCCAUGCCUGUCAGGAUGAUCAGCAGGACCAUCGUCCACACGUCAUGGUGGGGCGAAAAUAACCUGAGGAUCGAUGAGCGUAACCAUACACAAGCAGGCGCAGAGAACGGGAUUCACCGUCUGUCUGUCUGUUUGGUUUGCGGGCGGAUUGGGUGUUGGCUGGCUACCUUGCGAGCAGUAGGACGAAUGGUACGAUGAUGUUGGUGGCCAUUCGUGUGGUGAAGGUGAAGCAGCACAGCUCCAGCGUCACGAACAGCGCCUUCAUCUCCAUGAUGCGAUAGUAACGAACACGACGGCCCCACUCUACACACACACAAUACACAGCACACAGCACACAACACACACACACAGGUGAGUGACCCAAGGUAGGCAGGCAGGCAGGGAGGCCAGGUGUGUGGAGCUGAGCUCAGGUCGGCGGCUGACCCUUGACGAUGUGGUGCCACUUGACGGGCAUCUUUUCGUCCCCGUCGAGCUGGUGCAGGAACCGGUUGAAGUCCAUGCUGCACUGCGACAGGCUCAGCACGUCCCGUGACGUCAGAUGCUGCAGCAACACCAGACCCACACCCUCCAUCCGACACAGCUGCGUCAGCGGCUGAGACCCGCUGCUGCCGCCGCUCCCCUCGUCCCGCAUCAUGUCGGCAAAUGAGGUACUACUGCGCAUCACAAUGGACGAGGGGACAUCAGUGGAGGGACAGCUGGAGGCGGUCCGUCUCAGCCCGACCCAGCGCCACCACGAGCGGGUGUUCCUCUUCAUCGCCCCGACGCAUUGGUUGGCCUGCCGGUCCAGCCACAGCUCCUUACCGAUGAUUUCGGGAGGGGGAGAAGACGCGUCCUCAGACGAUGCAUACUCAUUCUUUCUAGCAGAACACCGGGGCACCCCGAAGAGCUUCAUGUCUGUAGCCCGAUGCACACAUACAAUCUUGCCGUUCUCUGCGUCCCAGAUCC